AUAGAAGCUGGAGACAGCCGAGUUCCACCCAAAGUUCCGCGGUCUGGCAGGUUCAAGUUACAUCAACUCCGGUCAACUCAAACGCAGCGACCAACCAUGGCUAGUGCAUCAUUGGCAACAUAUACUCCUGACCAGCUGGAACUCUACCUCCAGCGCAUCGAUUACCCUCGCGUCAGCAAUCGUUUAGAUCAUGUCCGCGCUACCAUCCAGAAAAGCCCCCUGGCCACUCUGGCCGAGCUGCAACGUGCUCACAUAACCUCGAUCCCAUGGGGUAACUCGGCACUGCACUAUUCAGCCCACCAUACCAUCUCCAUUGGUCCGGCGUGCGUUUUCGAGAAACUUGUGUCCCGUCGGCUCGAUGGAUACUGCAUGGACAACAACGUACUCCUCUACCACGUUCUUCGAUCGUUGGGGUACACCGUCUACCCAACCGGAGGGCGAGUGAACACGGCAGCCUCCGCUGCACCCACUGAGAGCCGCGACUGGUUCUAUGUAGGCUUGGGACACAUGGUCUUGAUUGUGACCGUUGAUGGCCAGAAAUAUGCGGUGGACGUCGGGUUCGGCAACAAUGGACCGACCAGCCCAUUGCUACUGAAGCAUGAUUCUCCUUCAGGGUGCAUAGACCCGUCGGAGAUGCGGCUCAUCUACGACACUUUGCCCGAGUUCGUGGAUCAGACACAAAAGCUUUGGAUCUACCAGGUCCGGUAUUCGCGGGACAGCCCUUGGAUGCCCAUGUACUCGUUCGCCGAGGUGGAAUUCCUCCCGCAGGACUUCGAGGUCAUGAACUUUGCCACCAGCCAACGGCGAACGAGCUGGUUCACACAGACCCUAGUUUGCACGCGGAUGAUGUUCAAUGAAACCGAGACCGCGAUCGAUGCGGUCUGCGUCCUGGCCGGGAAUACGGUGAAGAUUAGGGCACAUGGGCGGUCGGAUGUGGUCGAGACCCUGAAGAAUGACGACGACCGCGUCAAGGCAUUGGCCAAGUGGUUUGGCAUGCACCUCCAACAGCAUGAGAUUGAGGGGAUUCGUGGGUUGGUAUCUCAGAUCAAAUAGCAUUUUUAAAUAGUCUGGAAACUUCUACCGUGGCAGUGGGGGAAGCCCCAUGGGCCCGGUAACAAUUGUACAGAAAAAAUGAGGUUAUUUCUCUCUAACCCAAGGCGUG